AUGAAAAUCGAAACCAUAUUACGCUAUUAUCGAUGGUUGGUUAUUCUGGGUGAUCCAGGAAGUGGAAAAACUAGCCUUCUUCGAUGGUUAACACGUAUCUUUGCUGAAGAAGUUCUUGACCGUAGUAUGCGCAUGGUAUGGACAAGAAAUGAAGAUUCUUCACUUCGUAUUCCAAUUCUGAUUCGCAUUGGUGAAUUUGCAACAUGGCUUGAACAUAAUCCAAAAAAGACAUUAAUAGAUUAUAUUGGUAAACAUACAUGGUUUUCGGAACGUUAUUGUCGUGAAGAUGAUGAACAUGUAUUGAAAGAAUUGAUAUAUUAUGGUCAUGCACUAAUUCUUCUUGAUGGACUUGAUGAAGUUUCCAAUGUCAAACGUAGAGGUGAAAUUGUUGAUCUUAUACGAAAAUUCAUUGAUGAAUAUGUUCGUACACCUAACUUUAUUUCGGCAUUUGAUGAUGAAGUAACCAAUAUUCGAAAUCCAUAUGAUUGGACUGAUGAAAUUUAUAGUAUCAAUUCAAUCAGAACGUCUUCAGCCAAUCAAAUAAUCGUUACGAGUCGUAUUGUUGGCUACCAAUUACAUUCGCUUAUUAAUUCCAGAAUUGUACACUGUUCAAUCUUACCGAUGAAUAAUAAGGAAGCAAAACAAUUUAUAAGCGAUUUGAUAUCAGAAAUGGAGAAAGGUAUAUUUGAAGUUUUACGCAAAGAGAUAUCGGGAGUGUCCAGAAAUCCAUUACAAACUACAGUACAAAAGCACUUUAAAGCUCUUGAAAACAUUUUCGAAAAAUAUUCUGAAGUACUGAUAUCGACUCCAUUGAUGUUAUCUUCGAUUUGCACAUAUGUUUUUCAAUCGUCCGAUGAGUUUAAUUUAAAAUCUCGAAUACAA